AAGAAAAUUCUAACCUAGCCACCCACCCACUCGACCUCCGAUUCUGCCGGCGGCGGUCGGUCGGUCGCUGCAGGCUGCAUCUAGCUUGGGCAUAGCAUAGCCGGCGGGGACCUCCAGGCGGCGGGGCACCUUCGUUUCGUCGCUCUCUCCUCUGCUUCCUGGAGGUCCAAGUCGUCCUCUCCUUCCUCGCUCGCCGGUCAAGAUCUCCACUUCGCACUCGCGGGCAUCCUCGGGAGAGCAAACUAGAAGAAGAAGAAGAAGGACCGGACUGCCGUGUGGGUGCAGUGAAGAUCCCUUUGACCAGUAACGAACGAAUCCAUAGCUGCUGCUUGCCGUGAGGGAUGGCCGGAAGCGGCCUGUGGGUAGUUGGAUUGGCCUCCCUUCUUGCACUCCCUGGGAUAUUCGUCUCCAUCUCCGUCGAGGCCAGCCCGGGAGAUGCUGAUCCGCACUACAGAACUUGUGUGGGGGAGUGUCAGAAUACGGGGAUUAUUGGAGGCAACAUCAUCAGUCACUGUCAGUCCCGGGAGAACGACAGCAUAUCUGCUGGAAGUUCUUGGUACACACAGGAGGCUCUUCGUGUGCAGUGGAAGCAACUAAACUGUAUGACAGACUGCCGCUACUACUGCAUGAUGCGAAGAGAAGAGGAACGGCGAUUAGGUGGCCUGAGCCCUGUUCAAUAUCACGGAAAAUGGCCCUUCAAACGUGUUUCUGUCUUCCAGGAACCCCUGUCAGCUGCACUGUCUGCUCUCAACCUAUUGAUGCACUUCACUGGCUGGCUUUCGUUCUUCCUGCUAGUGAAAUACAGAUUACCUCUUAGACCUCAGACGAAGAAGACGUACUACGAAUACACUGGCUUAUGGCAUAUCUAUGCAAUAUUAUCAAUGAAUGCAUGGAUCUGGAGCUCUGUAUUCCAUACCAGGGAUAUUGACUUGACUGAGAAAUUGGAUUACUCUUCAGCUGUGGCCGUACUUGGCUACUCUUUAAUCCUUACACUGCUAAGAAUUUUUAAUGUCAAGGAGGGGGCUACCCGGGUGAUGUUUGCUGCACCUAUUCUAGCAUUCGUCACAACACACAUCUUGUAUCUUAACUUCUACGAGCUUGACUACGGAUGGAACAUGAAAGUUUGUGUGGCGAUGGGAGUGGUUCAAAUUGUCGCAUGGGCAAUCUGGGCUGGUGUGACCCAUCAUCCGUCACGGUUGAAGCUUUGGGUCGUUGUGUUCGGAGGAGCUCUAGCUAUGCUUCUUGAGGUGUUUGACUUUCCUCCAUACAAGGGGUAUGCCGAUGCGCACUCGCUGUGGCACGCGAGCACCGUUCCCCUCACCUAUCUUUGGUGGAGCUUCAUUAAAGAUGACGCAGAGUUCCGCACCUCCACACUCACACUGGUUAAGAAGGCCAGGUGAAUUAAAGGUCAUUAUGUUGUUCGGUUCUCUCAAGGCAACACAAGCAAAAGCUCGGUAUGCUCGGUAUUCCUGGGAUCGAUCAGGACGACAAAUCAUUCGUCUUCGGGUGUCACUGUUUUGGUCUGCAAACUCAGCAUCUUGUUUCUGUGGCUCUAGCCCUCCUGACUUUUGUUUUGAUCUAUAUGAGGAAUAGUUGUGUAGUAGAAAAAGUGACAUUAUCUUUUUCCGUGCCCGUUGAGACAGUUGAGCCUGUGAGUUUCAAUAGAAGCUUAUAUGAAGCUAAGCAUUGCAGAA